UUUGGUUCCUUUCACAGCAGUAUAAGGUGUGCCACUGUGUCCUGUCCCAUAGGAUCCACUGGCCUCAGACAUGGCACGUCUGGCCCUCCCUGUCUUCCUCGUUCUUUGCUUCUCCUUGCUCCACUUCAGCUCCAGCCGCCCAUCUCGCACCAAGAAGGCUGUGUCGGCUCGGCAGUCCGGAGAUGCAGCUGCAGAGGGAGAUGAUGUGAAGUCCCAGCUUGAGAGGUUGUGGCAGGAGGUGAAUUCACUGAAAGAGAUGCAGGCGUUGCAGACAGUCUGUCUCCGUGGCAUCAAAGCUCACAGGAAGUGUUAUCUUACAAUUGAGGAACCCAAACAUUACCAUGAAGCGAACGAGGACUGCAUUGCACAAGGAGGAACUCUUGCAACGCCACGGGACAUGAUUGAGAACAAUGAACUGAGAGACUAUGCAAAGAGGAGCGCUCCAGGAUCCAAGGACUUCUGGAUCGGUGUGGCAGACAUAGUGAAAGAGGGCCAGUAUGUUGAUGUCAACAGCCUGCCAGUCAGCUUUUUCAACUGGGACCGCUCCAAGAAGCAGCCCACAGGAACGAAGAGGGAGAGCUGUGUUGCCCUUUCAGUGGCUGCACAGGGAAAGUGGUACGAUGAGGUGUGUCGCAGCCUGAAAAAGUACAUAUGCGAAUAUGUCAUUCCUUAAAGGCAAUGUUAUUGUUGACAACUUGAUGAUCAUUCAUGCGGGUCAUUAAUUAAAAUUGUGCAAAACUG